GAGCUUUCGGACAGUGCCAAACCAGAGAAUAUCAGAAUGAGGCAAGAGUGCGGUCCGGUGAUGCUGGCAGGUCGAGCCACGUGGGUCCUAGGUAGGUCACUCGGUCAACUUGGGGAUCCGAUAUGAAAAGAAUCGGCUGCCACUUUGUGGGCCCCGCGAUCUACCCUCCUCCGCCUCGACCGCCUGCCAAGGAAACUUUUUAGCCGUCCGAUUCUCCCCCCCAUUUCUCUCUGCAGCAUUAUUAUGGGCGUGUCUAUGAUUUCACAUUUAUAGCUCUGCAGAUUUCGCGGGGUAUUCCUCCCCUCCCACUUCUGCACUGUGCGUAAAUCUCUCCAUCACUUAGGAAGAUCCCCUUGUCUUCUCCGGCAUCCAAGAAACCGCCUUUGAUUAUGUUCCCAGAAGAUUCCUCGCCCUAAAUCUCACUCUCCUUCCUGCAUUUCUUUGCGUUUGGUGUGACACAAAUUGAGGAAUUUUCUGAUUAUUCAGCCAUGUUCAGUUAGAAACUGUUUGAAAAGAUGGUGUAUGUAGCAGAAUCAAGCAGGGGAGCUUCACGGCAACACCAGAUCUCAAAUGUUGGGGGAGAAAAGAUCAGAUUACCCAAAGUCAUCAAUGGAAGUCAGAAGUUUGAAGAAAUGCCGAACCGUGCAAUGGACAAGAAUAUGAUCCGGCCAAAGCCUUCUGAGUGUUACCAAAAAUAUCAGAUGGGUAACAGAGACGAGGAGCUUGUGAAGCACAUGUCAAAUUUGCCUAAAUAUCUGCAGAAAGCAGAAGUGGAGAAAAGUGUCCAGUCAAAAGCUUUGAAUUUUGGAGUUAUUGACUGGAACCAUCUAGAAAAAUGGAAAUACAGUGACCGUAUGCCGGCUAAACCUUAUGGUUCUUCAUCUCCUCAACAAAAACACAUCCGGCUGCCACUUUCUCAUGAACAACAGCUGUCGGGACCUUUGAAGCACCCUAAAAGAAUGCCAAUGCCUGGUCAAGAGUUUUUGUCAGGCCCAAUUAACCCAAAACCAGUAACUUCUCGAAGGAGCUCUUCAGAAAGCAACAUUGACAAAGUCAUGAAGGUUUCUGUUGAUAAAACUAAACCAGUGAAAGAUGAUUUGUUCCCCGAGCAGUUCAAGAAUGACAGAAGAAAUGAUCAAGAUGGAAGAAAUAAGGUGAAUCCUGCUCCUGAGCCGCAAAAUAUUGUUAUUCUAAUACCAAAGGCAAAACACUCACCUAAAAGGAAUUUCUCGGAGACUUCUCAGAUUGCAGAAUCCAUAACAAUAUCCCAAGGGGACUCAUCAGAACUAGAUAAGACUCAUAAGAGAAGUUCUUCUCACGAAUUUUCCUCAAGAGAACAAUGUCCUAUUUCUCCUUGUCAAUAUGGCCAGAACACGCAUAAAUCUAACACUCAUGACGUAAAUUCAGAUUUAGUCACAAACCAUCAUCCAGGUGAGACUCAAGCUAAAACUUUAAGAGAUAAACAGACCAGUUUGGAGUCCAUCAAAUCAGCUGAUAAGGUCAGAUGUCCAUCACCCACUAGACAGUUUAGCUUGAAUCUUGGAAUGAUGAGUAGAAGUUUAAGUUUUAAAGAGACCACCCCUACAGUUCCACGAAUGCAUGACUCGCAUGCUAUUCCCAAGUCCGGUCCAGUAACUUAUGGAGUAGAAAAGUCAAAAGCUGGUGGGAAAGGGAGAUCAUCAAGUCCUUUGAGGAGAUUGUUAGACCCACUUCUCCUUAGACCCAGCAAGGGAAUAACCCAUGUAGAGAAGAUGGAACCGAACCCCACGAAUACAAACAAACACCCAUCGUCUCACGGGGCGCUUCUUCAGCUCAGCAUAAAGGAUGGUCUCCCGUUCUUGAAAUUUGUUGUUGAUGGAAGCAAUGACAUUUUAGUCACUGCUGUCAAACAAUUACCCAAACAUGGAAAUGCUGACGGUUAUUAUGUUUAUUCUAUCUAUACGGUCUCCGAGAUUAAAAAGAAAAACGGAGGUUGGAUGGGGCAUGGAUCAAAGAGCGGUGGGAAAUGCAGUGAAUUUGGAUAUAACAUGAUUGGUCUUGCGAAGGUUUCCAGUUCUUGUGUCUUCAAAUCAGGCAAGAGAGAAUCUGUGGUUUAUAGCGUGAAUCUUGGACAGGUGGACGAAAAGAAAACAACACCUGCAUUUCUUCCGGACAGGGAGAUUGCAGCCAUUAUGGUUCCGGAUUCUGGUAAGGUUGUUGUGGUACGGCCGGCUGGUGUUCAUGGGAUGCCGGAAAAAGGGGCUCCGUCAUCACUGGCUGAAAGAUGGAAAUCUGGUGGGUCAUGUGAUUGUGGAGGGUGGGAUGUUGGUUGCAAGUUACAAGUUCUCACUCAAGAAGAGAAAGACAGUACUAACCUUGCACUGUUCGUCCAGGAGGGAAAACAUGAGAGGAAACUGGUCUUUAGCUUGGCAAAUUUGAGGAACGGGCUUUAUUCAGUUCAAUUUGACAAAUCUGUCCCUUUGCUAGAAGCAUUUUCCAUAUGUGUAGCCAUCCUAAUGAGCCAGAAAAAGGUGUGCAGCAUGUUUGAGGUAAAGGAACCUUCAGUUUCCUCUGAUGGUGUGCGGCAAACUGAUACGACGAAGGUUGUCCCAGGGGGGCAGGGAUCUGCAAGAUAUGUGCCAUCUCCACCACCUUCCCCGGUUGCACGGAUCUAGUCUUUUGUUUUCUUGCUUUAAGAAAUGUAAAGCUCUUAGUAAUGCUUUUUCCUAGUGUAAUGGAAGUUUGUUCAACCGCUGCUUCUGCUAGUAUAGAACCUUGAAACAUGAAAGCUAACGUUAAACAAGUAGUUUCUGAGGGCAUUUUGACAUUUUGUACGUAUCAAGUAGAAGAGUUUUCCUGAAAACUUCUGGUCUUAAAAAGGCACAAUUGAUCAAGUUAUAUAGUACUCCAUAGUAAAUAUAGUGAUUGUGAUUGGGAGUAUUUCAUUUCAUUCUAUCAAAUUUGAUAAAGUUUGUGCGGUUCUAAA